GGCACAGAGCCACCCGACAGCCUCAAUUGUUGUUUCCUUUUGCCGACAUCUGCUGCGCGUUGCUCACAUUUGCAUCCGAAGCAACAAGAGGUCUGUAUUAGGAUGUAAUGGACCACAUUCAUCUCAUUUCCUGAAGACGAAAUCAGCUUAUUUGGAUCAGAACAUUUCAUCUGUUUUGUUCAUUCAUUGAGAGCAUAAUAACAAUCAAGGGCUUGGUGACAUGAUGGAGAGUGUGGAGAAGGAGUGCGGCGCUCUGGGUGGAUUGUUUCAGGCGAUCGUCAACGAUAUGAAGUACUCAUACCCAGUGUGGGAAGACUUCAUUGCAAAGGCCACGAAACUACACUCCCAGCUAAGAACCACAUUGUUGGCGGUCGCAGCGUUUCUGGAUGCUUUUCAGAAGGUGGCAGACAUGGCAACCAACACGAGAGGUGCCACCAGGGAUAUCGGCUCCGCUUUGACACGGAUGUGCAUGCGACACCGCAGCAUCGAGGCCAAACUACGCCACUUCACCAAUGCUCUAAUGGAAAAAAUGAUCGCCCCACUCCAAGACAAGAUAGAAGAGUGGAAGAAAACAGCUGCCCUGCUUGAUAAAGACCAUGCCAAAGAGUACAAGCGCUCUAGGCAGGAGAUCAAGAAGAAAUCAUCUGACACAAUAAAGCUGCAGAAGAAAGCCAGAAAAGAACUACCAGGUCGAGGAGGACUGAAGCCACAGCUGGACAGUGCCAUGCAGGAUGUGAGUGACAUGUACCUUCUGAUGGAGGAGACUGAGAAGCAGGCUGUGCGCCGAGCCCUCCUGGAGGAAAGGGGGCGCUACUGCACCUUCAUCAGCUUCCUGCAGCCUGUAGUGAUCGGUGAAAUUGCCAUGCUGGGAGAGGCCACUCACCUCCAGGCCAUUAUUGAUGACCUCACUGUGUUGACAACUGACCCACAUAAACUCCCAGAGGCCAGUGAACAGGUGAUUUUGGAUCUUAAGGGGUCUGACUAUAACUGGUCCUACCAGACUCCACCUUCUUCUCCCAGUAGUGUUGGAUCUAGGAAGAGCAGCCUUUGCAGUUUGGUGCAUCUGCCACCAGGUGGCGCCCAUCGCCUGAGCAGCGUCUCCUCUCAUGAUUCUGGAUUUGUCUCUCAAGAUGCCAAUGUACACUCCAAACCUCCCUCCCCCAUGCCGUCUGACAUCACUAGCCAGAAGUCAUCCAGUUCUGCAUCCUCAGAGGCUUCAGAAACCUGUCAGUCAGUCAGUGAGUGCGGCUCUCCCACAAUAUUCGGCUCAUCCUUUGCUACCUUUCGCCCUGCUCACUAUUUUAAUGACUCCAUCAGGCCUCACUCUUACAUACUUCCUGCGUCCCCUUCCUAUAACCAAUCCCCAGGAUCAAACUCCCCUUCUCCCACACCAAAGAUUCCUUACUGGAAGCAGGACUGGUCAAAGACAGGUCACUAUGAGCAGACGGCUGUAACCGGGCAGCGCAGGACUGAGGCUGGAGUGGGAGGAAAUGGAAUAAUUCACCCCGAGGAUCCUUAUAGGCUAGCAAGAAUGAAUUCUAAAGACCUCACUGCAAAGACAGGUCACUAUGAGCAGACGGCUGUAACCGGGCAGCGCAGGACUGAGGCUGGAGUGGGAGGAAAUGGAAUAAUUCACCCCGAGGAUCCUUAUAGGCUAGCAAGAAUGAAUUCUAAAGACCUCACUGCAAAGCAUGGUAAGCCGAUGUCAUCCGCUGCUAGUGAGCUGGCUAUGGUUCUGACUCGUGGGCUUAGUAUAGAACAGCAGCAGAAGAACAGCUGUGACUCUCUGCAGUACUCCAGUGGAUACAGCACACAGAACACGACACCAUCAUGUUCAGAGGACACUAUCCCUUCACAGGGAUCUGAAUAUGAUUGUUAUUCCAUGAAUGGUGACGCUGAUAACGACGCACAGACAGACUUCAACAAGUCCUGCACCGUCCCUCGCCAUAGCAAUCUGGCUCAGAACUACCGCCGUAUGAUCCAGACCAAGCGGCCUGCCAGCACCGCAGGGCUGCAUGGAGCACUGGCUGCCCAGGGAGCCCCAACAACCAAUGGCAAAGGAGGAGGAAGUGGUGUCAUAGCCUCAGGAACAGCCACCAUUCGUAGAACCCCUUCAUCUAAAACAAACGUGAGACGCACUCCAUCCAGUGUGGGUCCGAUCCCUAUACGACCACCUAUUGUCCCUGUAAAGACUCCGACCGUCCCAGACUCACCUGAAUUCCCCAGCCCUCCUCCUGAGCACAGUGGAAGUGAGGAAAACCUGUACAAUGACGAAUCGUUAGAAAUUCUGGACUACAAAGCUUCUCCCAAGCGAAUGAGUCUGCCAACAUGGGGAGCUGGUGGUGGAAGUGUCUACGCUCAGCAAACUGGAGCUGCGGGAUUCACUUCAGAAGAAGAGCAGAUGCUUGCCGCCAAUCGCCAUAGUCUGGUAGAGAAGAUUGGAGAGCUGGCCGCUAAUGCUCAUGCUCUCGGUGAGGGCCAGUUCCCAUUUCCCACAGACCCUCAGGCCAGCCAGGGCCACCGGCAAGAUCAAGGGCAUGAGCAGGACGGAGGAGACAUGUUGAAGACCAUCCGUAGAGGAGUGCGUCUUAGAAAAGCGACCUGCAAUGACAGAUCAGCACCAAGGAUUUUGCGAUAGUUUAGUACUGCUUCUCUUGCCAAGUCUAUUGCUACAGACUCUCCAAAUGAAGAGGAACAAAAUAUCAUGUAAAAUAUAAGAAGAUGGUGAUUAAAAAUAAAUAAAUUUCAGUGUUACAAUCUGCCAUCGAACAACUAGAAGGCCAGUGUCAAUGUUACAUGUUGAGUACGUAUGGACACUAUACUCAUCUAGACUAUUAUUGUUGUAGUUAUAUUCAGAUUUGGACUAAUAUCUCUUUGACAGGCAUAUUAUGAUGGACAAAUUGUGGCCUGAAGGAUGAGAAUGUAAUUUUAAAAUGUGUAUUAACAUACUAGUUAUGCCGGUUGUUCCUUUUUGGAGUUGCAAUUUGUAUUGACUAUGUUCUUCAUGUUACUUCUAUGUAACUGUGAUGUUUUUGAGACAUUUCUGUUCCCACGUGUAACUAUUGUAAAAAGCCAAAGUCUUGUUCUCAACUGAAAAGCUGCAUAAAACUGCUUAUACCGCAGCUCAGUCUCAGAUGGACCACACAAUUGAAUCACCGCACAUUCUGUAAACUGCCAAAUAAAGCACAUCAGUUGUACUAGA